AGCGGAGGCAGGAUGGCGGCCGACACGCAGGUUUCUGAGACACUGAAGCGCUUUGCGGGGAAGGUGACAACAGCCAGCGUGAAGGAGCGGAGAGAAAUCCUUGGUGAACUGGGGAAGUGUGUUGCUGGAAAAGAUCUGCCAGAGGGAGCAGUGAAAGGGCUGUGCAAGCUGUUCUGCUUGACUCUGCAUCGGUACAGAGAUGCAGCCUCUCGUCGGGCCCUGCAGGCAGCCAUCCAGCAGUUGGCUGAGGCUCAGCCAGAGGCCACUGCUAAGAACCUCCUGCACUCCCUACAGUCUUCAGGCAUUGGCUGCAAAACAGGAGUUCCCAGUAAGAGCAGUGGCUCGGCCGCCUUGCUGGCCCUGACCUGGACCUGCCUUCUGGUGCGUAUCGUCUUUCCCUCGAAAGGCAAGCGCCAAGGAGACACCUGGAACAAACUGGUGGAGGUUCAGUGUCUGCUGCUGUUGGAGGUGCUGGGCGGCUCCCACAGGCACGCUGUGGAUGGUGCCUUGAAGAAACUAACGAAACUAUGGAAAGAGAACCCCGGGCUGGUGGAGCAGUACUUGUCCGCCAUUCUCAGCUUGGAACCCAACCAGAACUAUGCUGGCAUGCUGGGGCUGUUGGUGCAGUUCUGCACCAACCACAAGGAGAUGGAUGUGGUCAAUCGGCACAAGAGUGUUCUGCUGGAUUUCUAUAUGAAGAAUGUCCUGAUGAGCAAGGUGAAGCCGCAGAAGUACCUGCUGGAUAACUGCACCCCUCUGCUCCGGUACAUGUCCCACUCGGAAUUUAAGGAGCUGAUACUACCUACUAUACAGAAGUCCUUACUGAGGAGCCCGGAGAAUGCCAUCGAAACUAUCUCCAGUCUGCUGGCAUCAGUGACCCUUGAUCUCAGCCAGUAUGCCCUGGACAUUGUCAAAGGACUGGCUGGUCAGCUGAAAUCCAACAGCCCCCGCCUGAUGGAUGAAGCAGUGCUGGCGCUGCGGAACCUGGCCCGCCAGUGCAGUGACUCCUCAGCCAUGGAGGCCCUGACCAGGCAUCUGUUUGCAAUCCUUGGAGGCUCGGAAGGAAAACUGACCGUUGUAGCCCAGAAGAUGAGCGUCCUCUCAGGAAUUGGAAGCAUCAGUCAGCACGUGGUAUCUGGGCCUUCCAGUCAAGUGCUGAAUGGGACUGUGGCUGAGCUGUUUAUUCCGUUUCUCCAGCAAGAAGUUCACGAAGGCACCUUGGUACAUGCCGUGUCUGUCCUGGCUCUCUGGUGUAACCGGUUCACCACAGAAGUGCCCCGGAAGCUCACCGACUGGUUCAAGAAAGCUUUCAGCCUUAAGACGUCCACAUCCGCAGUGAGGCAUGCCUACCUGCAGUGCAUGUUGGCCUCCUUCCGAGGUGACACACUUCUGCAGGCGCUGGAAUUGCUGCCCUUGCUCAUCCAGACAGUGGAGAAGGCAGCUUCCCAAAGCACUCAGGUUCCCACGGUCACCGAGGGGGUUGCCGCAGCCCUUCUGCUCUCCAAGCUGUCAGUCGCUGAUGCACAAGCAGAGACCAGACUGAGCAGUCUCUGGCAGCUGAUUGUGGACGACAAGAAGCAGAUUUUCACGUCUGAGAAAUUCCUGCUCAUGGCUUCAGAGGAUGCUUUGUGCACCGUGUUGCAGCUCACAGAGAGACUUCUUCUUGACCACCCGCAUAGACUGACUGGCAACAGCGUCCAGCAGUACCACCGGGCCCUGGUGGCCGUGCUCCUGAGUCGGACCUGGCACGUCCGACGGCAAGCGCAGCAGACUGUCCGGAAGCUGCUCUCCUCCCUCGGGGGCUUCAAGCUGGCUCACGGACUCCUGGAGGAGGUGCAGGCUGUCCUGAGCUCUCACAAGGUGCUGCCGUUAGAUGCUCUAGUGACUGAAGCUGGGGAAGUGACUGAGACGGGCAAGGCGUACGUGUCCCCACGAGUCCUGCAGGAGGCUCUUUGUGUCAUCUCUGGAGUGCCAGGGCUCAAGGGCGAUGCCACCGACACCGAACAACUGGCGCGGGAGAUGCUGAUUAUCUCCCAUCACCCGUGCUUAGUGGCAGUGCAGUCGGGGCUGUGGCCAGCGCUUCUUACCAGGAUGAAGGUUGAUCCCGAAGCCUUCAUCACCAGGCACCUGGAUCAGAUCAUUCCCAGGAUCACCACACAGAAUCCACUAAAUCAGUCUUCCAUGAAUGCCAUGGGCUCCCUUUCCAUCCUGUCCCCGGAUCGCGUCCUGCCACACCUCAUCAGCACCAUCACUGCCUCCGUGCAGAAUCCAGCGUUUUGUCUGGUGACGCGGGAGGAGUUUGCCAUCAUGCAGACCCCUGCCGGGGAGCUGUACGACAAAUCCAUCAUCCAGAGUGCGCAGCAGGACAGUAUCAAAAAGGCCAAUAUGAAGCGAGAGAACAAAGCUUAUUCCUUCAAGGAGCAGAUCAUUGAACUGGAGCUGAAGGAGGAGAUAAAGAAGAAGAAAGGCAUCAAAGAAGAGGUGCAGCUGACAAGCAAGCAGAAGGAGAUGCUGCAGGCCCAGCUGGAUAAGGAGGCGCAGAUACGCAGGCGGCUGCAGGAGCUGGACGGGGAGCUGGAGACGGCUCUUGGAUUGUUGGACUCCAUCCUGGCCAAGAACCCCUCAGCCCUGACCCAGUACAUUCCGGUUUUGGUGGACUCUUUCUUACCCUUGCUGAAAUCUCCGCUGGCUGCCCCCAGGAUCAAGAGCCCUUUCCUGGCCUUGGCUGCCUGUGUGAUGCCCCCGAGACUCAAGGCUUUGGGCACUUUGGUGAGCCAUGUGACGCUGCGCCUGCUAAAGCCAGAGUGUGCUCUUGAUAAGUCCUGGUGCCAGGAAGACCUGUCAGUGGCUGUGAAGAGGGCCGUGACACUGCUGCAUACCCACACCAUCCCCAGCAGGAUGGGCAAGGGCGAGCCAGAUGCUGCGCCCUUAUCCGCACCAGCCUUCUCCUUAGUCUUCCCAUUGCUGAAGAUGGUGCUGACCGAGAUGCCCCACCACAGUGAGGAGGACGAGGAGCGAAUGGCCCAGAUUCUUCAGAUCCUCACCGUGCACUCCCAGCUGAGGGCCUCCCCUGGCACCCCGCCUGGCCGUGUGGAUGAGAAUGGCCCGGAAUUGCUGCCUCGAGUGGCCAUGCUGCGUCUCCUGACGUGGGUGAUUGGGACAGGCUCCCCCCGCCUUCAGGUCUUGGCAGCAGACACCCUUACCACCCUGUGUGCCAGCAGCAGCGGUGAGGAGGGCUGUGCCUUUGCGGAGCAGGAGGAGGUGGACGUGCUGCUCAGUGCCUUGCAGUCCCCGUGUGCCAGCGUGCGGGAGACUUCACUCCGGGGGCUGAUGGAACUGCACAUGGUGUUGCCAGCACCUGAUACUGAUGAGAAAAAUGGCUUGAACCUUCUGCGGAGGCUCUGGGUGGUCAGGUUUGACAAGGAGGAGGACAUCAGGAAGCUGGCUGAGAGGUUGUGGUCGACCAUGAGCCUCAAUCUGCAGCCAGACCUCUGCUCCUUGCUGAUUGACGAUGUGAUCUAUCACGAGGCAGCCGUGAGGCAGGCUGGAGCUGAUGCCCUCUCUCAGGCCGUGGCAUGUUACCAGCAUAAGGCGGCAGAGGUGAUGGGCAGGCUCAUGGAGAUCUACCAGGAGAAGCUCUAUCGGCCACCCCCAGUGCUGGACGCUUUGGGACGAGUUAUUUCCGAAUCUCCUCCAGAUCAGUGGGAAGCCAGGUGUGGCUUGGCCUUGGCCCUGAAUAAACUCUCCCAGUAUUUGGACAGUUCUCAGGUGAAGCCACUCUUUCAGUUUUUUGUCCCUGAUGCUCUCAAUGACCGAAACCCAGAUGUCCGAAAGUGCAUGUUAGAUGCAGCCCUUGCAACACUGAACACCCAUGGAAAGGAGAAUGUCAACUCGCUGCUGCCAGUGUUUGAGGAAUUCCUGAAGAAUGCGCCCAAUGAUGCCAGCUAUGAUGCCGUGCGGCAGAGUGUGGUGGUUCUGAUGGGCUCUCUGGCGAAGCACCUGGACAAGAGCGACCCCAAAGUGAAGCCCAUUGUUGCCAAGCUUAUUGCUGCCCUCUCCACGCCCUCCCAGCAGGUGCAGGAGUCCGUGGCGAGCUGCCUGCCGCCCCUUGUGCCAGCCAUCAAGGAAGAAGCCGGGGGGAUGAUCCAAAGGCUCAUGCAACAGCUAUUAGAGUCAGACAAGUAUGCAGAGCGCAAAGGAGCCGCCUACGGUCUGGCAGGCCUGGUGAAGGGCCUAGGCAUCCUGUCACUGAAGCAGCAGGAAAUGAUGGCAGCGCUGACCGAUGCCAUCCAGGACAAGAAGAACUUCCGCAGACGAGAGGGUGCCCUGUUUGCCUUUGAGAUGCUCUGCACCAUGCUGGGCAAGCUUUUCGAGCCCUACGUGGUUCAUGUGCUGCCCCACCUGUUGCUUUGCUUCGGGGAUGGAAACCAGUACGUGCGUGAGGCUGCAGAUGAUUGUGCCAAAGCUGUAAUGAGCAACCUGAGUGCUCACGGGGUGAAGCUGGUGCUCCCCUCCCUGCUGGCGGCCCUGGAGGAGGAGUCCUGGAGAACCAAAGCCGGGUCAGUGGAGCUGCUUGGGGCCAUGGCAUACUGUGCUCCCAAGCAGCUGUCGUCCUGCCUACCCAACAUUGUGCCCAAGCUCACAGAGGUGCUGACCGACUCCCACGUCAAAGUUCAGAAAGCAGGACAGCAGGCCCUCCGGCAGAUUGGCUCUGUCAUCAGGAACCCGGAGAUUCUGGCUAUUGCCCCAGUGCUGCUGGACGCCCUGACGGACCCUUCAAGAAAGACCCAGAAGUGCCUGCAGACCCUGCUGGACACCAAGUUUGUCCAUUUCAUUGAUGCCCCAUCCCUGGCGCUCAUCAUGCCCAUUGUGCAGCGAGCCUUCCAGGACCGUUCUACAGACACACGGAAGAUGGCAGCGCAGAUUAUUGGCAACAUGUACUCCCUGACAGAUCAGAAGGACUUGGCUCCUUACCUGCCCAGUGUAACACCUGGCCUGAAAGCCUCUCUUCUGGACCCCGUGCCUGAGGUGCGUACUGUGUCUGCCAAGGCUCUGGGGGCCAUGGUGAAGGGCAUGGGGGAGUCCUGUUUUGAGGACUUGCUGCCAUGGCUGAUGGAGACGCUGACCUAUGAACAGAGUUCUGUGGAUCGUUCUGGUGCUGCACAAGGGUUGGCUGAGGUCAUGGCUGGCUUGGGAGUAGAGAAGUUGGAGAAGUUGAUGCCAGAAAUUGUGGCUACAGCCAGUAAAGUGGACAUUGCACCUCAUGUUCGAGAUGGCUACAUCAUGAUGUUCAACUACCUGCCCAUCACCUUUGGGGACAAGUUCACUCCCUAUGUGGGGCCCAUCAUCCCCUGUAUCCUCAAAGCUCUGGCAGAUGAGAAUGAGUUUGUGCGUGACACCGCCCUGCGUGCAGGCCAGCGGGUCAUCUCCAUGUACGCCGAGACGGCUAUCGCGUUGCUGCUGCCCCAGCUGGAGCAAGGCCUCUUUGACGACCUCUGGAGAAUUCGGUUCAGUUCCGUUCAGCUCCUUGGGGAUCUCCUGUUCCACAUCUCGGGGGUCACUGGGAAGAUGACAACAGAAACUGCCUCUGAGGAUGAUAACUUCGGGACCGCGCAAUCCAACAAGGCUAUCAUCACUGCCCUGGGAGUGGAUCGCCGGAACCGGGUGCUAGCAGGACUGUACAUGGGCCGCUCCGACACCCAGCUGGUGGUGCGGCAGGCAUCCCUGCACGUCUGGAAGAUUGUCGUCUCCAAUACCCCCCGCACUUUGCGAGAGAUCCUGCCUACCCUCUUUGGGCUCCUUCUGGGUUUCCUGGCCAGCACUUGUGCAGAUAAAAGAACGAUUGCAGCGAGGACGCUGGGUGAUCUCGUGCGGAAGUUAGGGGAGAAGAUCCUCCCCGAGAUCAUCCCCAUCCUCGAGGAGGGCCUGAGGUCCCCGAAGAGUGACGAGAGGCAGGGCGUGUGCAUCGGCCUGAGCGAGAUCAUGAAGUCCACCAGCCGCGACGCUGUGCUGUAUUUCUCAGAGUCCCUUGUGCCCACGGCCAGGAAGGCUUUGUGUGACCCGCUGGAGGAGGUCCGUGAGGCGGCUGCCAAGACCUUCGAGCAGCUGCACUCCACCAUUGGCCACCAGGCUCUGGAGGACAUCCUCCCGUUUUUACUGAAGCAGCUGGACGACGACAAGGUGUCGGAAUUUGCCCUGGACGGUCUGAAGCAAGUUAUGGCCAUUAAGAGCCGCGUGGUGCUGCCCUACCUCGUGCCCAAGCUGACAACUCCACCUGUCAACACGCGGGUGUUGGCUUUCCUUUCAUCCGUGGCAGGCGACGCUCUGACCCGCCAUCUUGGAGUGAUCCUCCCGGCAGUUAUGUUGGCCCUGAAGGAGAAGCUUGGGACUCCCGAUGAGCAACAGGAGAUGGCCAAUUGUCAGGCUGUGAUCCUCUCGGUGGACGACGACACUGGGCACCGCAUCAUCAUCGAGGAUCUGCUGGAAGCCACUCGUAGCCCUGAAGUGGGCAUGAGGCAGGCUGCUGCCAUCAUCCUCAACAUGUACUGUUCCCGCUCCAAGGCUGACUACACCAGCCACCUGCGGAGCCUGGUCUCAGGCCUGAUCCGCCUCUUCAAUGAUUCCAGCCCCGUAGUUCUCGAGGAGAGCUGGGAUGCCCUGAAUGCCAUCACAAAGAAGCUAGACGCUGGCAACCAGCUGGCACUGAUCGAAGAGCUGCACAAAGAAAUCCGCUUCGUAGGGAAUGAGAGCAAAGGGGAGCACGUGCCAGGAUUCUGCCUUCCCAAGAAGGGAGUAACCUCCAUCCUACCAGUGUUGCGGGAAGGAGUACUGACCGGCAGCCCUGAGCAGAAGGAGGAAGCUGCCAAAGCCCUGGGCCUGGUGAUCCGCCUUACCUCAGCCGAUGCCCUGCGGCCCUCCGUGGUCAGCAUCACUGGUCCUCUCAUCCGCAUCCUGGGCGACCGCUUCAGCUGGAACGUGAAGGCAGCCUUGCUGGAGACCCUCAGCCUCCUGUUGGGCAAGGUGGGCAUUGCCCUGAAGCCUUUCCUGCCCCAGCUGCAGACCACGUUCACCAAGGCUCUGCAGGACACCAACCGAGGGGUGCGCCUCAAGGCCGCUGAUGCACUGGGGAAGCUCAUUUCCAUCCAUGUCAAGGUGGAUCCCCUCUUCACAGAGCUGCUCAAUGGGAUCCGUGUCAUGGAAGACCCAGGCAUCAGGGACACCAUGCUGCAGGCCCUGAGAUUUGUCAUUCAGGGAGCAGGCGGCAAAGUGGAUGCUGCCAUCCGGAAAAGCAUCGUCUCACUCCUGCUGAGCAUGCUGGGACAUGAUGAGGACAACACUCGGAUCUCCUCAGCCGGGUGCCUUGGCGAGCUGUGUGCCUUUUUGACAGAAGAGGAACUUAGCAAUGUUCUUCAGCAGUGCUUGCUGGCGGAUGUGUCUGGCAUUGACUGGAUGGUUCGGCAUGGCCGGAGCCUGGCACUCUCCGUGGCUGUGAACGUGGCUCCCGGCAGACUCUGUGCAGGCAGAUACGGCAAUGAAGUGCAGGAGAUGAUCCUCAGCAGUGCCAUGGCGGACAGGAUCCCCAUUGCAGUGAGCGGGGUCCGGGGCAUGGGCUUCCUGAUGAGGUACCACGUUGAGACUGGAGGAGGACAGUUGCCGGCCAGACUCUCCAGUCUGUUCAUUAAGUGUCUGCAGAACCCAUCCAGUGACAUCAGGCUGGUGGCUGAGAAGAUGAUCUGGUGGGCAAACAGGGACCCACUGCCUGCCCUGGACCCCCAGACCAUCAAGCCCAUCCUAAAGGCCCUUCUUGACAACACCAAGGACAAGAACACGGUCGUGAGGGCCUACAGCGACCAGGCGAUUGUCAAUCUCCUCAAGAUGCGGCAAGGCGAAGAGGUCUUUCAGGCCGUCUCCAAGAUCCUGGAUGUGGCCAGUUUGGAAGUUCUGAGUGAAUGUAAUCGGAGGUCCCUGAAGAAGCUGGCCAGCCAGGCCGACCCCACGGAGCAAGUGGAUGACACCAUUCUGACAUGAUAAGCCUGGGCUGCGCCGCAGUGCUUCAGCUCCGCAUCCUUGUUCAAUGUUUUCAUUUUUGAAAAUAACGCUUGUUCCGAUGGGGAGCUUGGGGCUGGUGUUCCCAGGAAGUGUCUAUCAGCAGACCACAGCCAAAGCCUUAAAUCAAACCCACACACAACUGCAAAUUGCCUCCUCCAUCUUGCCCCUUUCUCUGAGAAGAAGGAGAAGCGCGUGCUGACGCCUCAGGUGACAUCCCGGGGCUGACCACCAGUCCCGCACUGAGGAGUCUGGAACCUCGGGGGGACCUCGGAGUGCCUCUUCUCCUGUCUCUGAGCCCUGGUCAAGGGCCAGCGCUACCCACCUUCCACUAGAUCCUCCAGUGGGGCACCGAACUGCAGAGGACUGCCCAGUGUGGCGUGUUUUGGCUUGCUGUUUCAAUCCUGGGCAGCUUGACCGGGGCUGACCCCAUCCGUGGAAACAGUGCUCACACAUUUCCGGCAGCUCAUGAGUCUGGGGAGGGAUCGGAGCUUACCUGCUGGCCGCUUGAAGGAGGAGUGUUUAAUAAAGGCUUUGAUUUAAUCUUGACACAAGCAGAAAGCAUACAUACGUAUAUUUUUUAAGUCUUCAGUUACUUAACAUGGAGCUUCCUGCAUCAGGAGUAAGGAUGCAACUGUUCCUGUGAGUGUUGGCAGCAUUCUGACCUCUGGGCAUCCCCCCUGCUUUUGGCAGCCUUAUCAGACGCUGCAGAUGGCUGUCCUGGGGCUGGGUCAGGAGUGGCAUGCAGCCAGGCCCGUGUUCUUACCCGGGUGGAGGAGCGUUUCCUGGCCCCUGUCCUGACUUGGAACGGUAGGGAGCGUCUAGAAGUCAAGUAGGAAACAGAAACGCUCUCCUGCAUGGAGUAAGAACGAGCCCGUUCCUGUAGCCGAAGGACUUGGAAGAGGAAACCCGAAUCGCAGUCCAGCAUCGGCUUGCUUUAUGAAUGACUUCCUUCCUCCUGAUUCUUAGAAGGCUCGUGACACAUGCGUCCUGUCUGAUCUGGAGCACCAACCCCCACCCCCAAACCAGGCCUGGUGACGCAAGUUUUUCUGAGCUGUCUCCCCCAGCCACAAUAGGGAACAAAACCUCUAUCCGGAUGACUGGCCGGAGCUGUGAAAGGAGGAGAGGAUUAAAAAAAAGGGCAAUAGCAAACUCAUUGUAGAGAAGGUAUGAAGCGCCGUACCAAAAAAAGCAGAGCCUUGCUUGUUAAUAAUGCAGCAGAGGGAGAAAGGAAGCUUGUGACUUAGCACUUGGCCACGAGUCAGACAAGGUGACUUCUAAGACACUGGGAUGAAAUCUGUGAUUCCUGUGUCACAGGACUUCCUCUCCUCGCAGCCGGCCUGGUCUCGGCAGGCUCUGGGUAACUGUAGAAUCCCAGGACCUUGAAGGGUCAGCUGAGCAGAUCCCCACAGCCCACAGUCAGUGCUGCAGCUUUUGGUAGCCAUGGUAACUGUUCUCUGCUUCUGGGACUUAGCUGGUCACCAGUGUGCCGCUCCCAGCUGCUCAGGGCCUGUGUCCAGCAAGCUGUGUGCUGCAUCUGUGUCGACCUCUAUGGUAAGCCAUGGUUGAGGUACAGGAAGGCUUCCUGUUGGGAGGGGGGCGUGGGCUGAGCACCUGCCGAGCUCCUGGGUUUUUUUUCUUCCUGGGGUUUUCUGCAGUAUUUUCCUCCAGGGGUAGCUUAGAUUGCCCACCUUUGGCUUUCAGAGCCUCCGUGUACAGUUGGGCAGAGCUGCCCUUGGAGGUAGAAGAAACUGAACAAAAUCCAAAGGAAAAACACCAGCCUCUGGUCCCAGAAGCUGGAGGAGGCUGAGAUCUCCGUGUUCAGAAUCGAAGGGUGGAGGUUGAUUCACAGACGGAGAUGACUCAAAGGCUUCCAGAGCGGGCUAGAGUGCACUCCAAGACUGAAAGAAGGGUGUGAGUUCCCAGGAGGGAGCUGCGAAGGGCUGGCACAGUCAAGACCACAGCGCCACAGCAGUCCUGCAAAUGGCAGCCCAGCCUCGAUACCCUGGAGGAGAUGCAGCCUGGCACAGAGCAGUGAAAGCCGUGUGUCCUACUGGCGGAUGGAGCUCGUCAGUUCAGCUCUGGGGCAUCUCAUCCUCCUUGGAAUGAGGACAUUGGACCAGCCCUCAGCAUCCAGUGUGGGCCGUGUAUUCCUCUAGUAUCAGUGGGAAUUACAGCAGAUGACACCUGACUGCAUCUCACAUAGUCCUCACCAUGAUGCUGGGAAGUGUGGGUCUUACCGUUUUCCAGAGAGGAAAUGCACAGAGGUCACUCCCCCCGCAGUCUCACUUCUGUGCUAGCUGUUGAGGCAUCAUCAUUUCAUGUUCUUAGAGCUGUCCCUCCAGACCUUUCCUGACAAUCACAGGAAAUGAAAAUCCACAUACAACAUGAGAUAAGGAGAUAAGCAGCCUGGGGUUCCACCCCCCCCAAAACUCCCACUUAAAGCCCUUCCUAGUGGCUUGGCUGACUGAGGGGACAGGAUAAGACUGGGAGAGCCUUCAGAGAAGAUGGCUGGAUAGUCCUUGAAGACUCUGUAAUUCUUUGGAGGAGACAUGCCAUGGCUCUGUCUGUGGGUGGAAGACUGCCCUGAGCUACUCCAGAGGAAAUGGUCGCCACAGUAUUCCAAAUCCUGUGCUGAAUGGAAUGUGGAAACACUGACACCCAGGUGGAUUUUUCAAUGUGGGAUGGUGUAAUGAACCAAAGCUACAGGUAAAUUCCCUCGUGCAGACUUGAGGUGCUGCAGGCCUUCAGAGGGGCCAGCCGCUGCAGGCUUGAUCUCUUUGGAUAAAGCGAUUUGGAAACAUUGUUUCACUGGGUGGAAUUUGAAACAAGAUUGGCAGUUAGAGCUGCUGUGGGUUUCUUGAGGAAUGAGUUUAUUUGGAUGUAGAUAAAAUUUUUUCAAAUCUUUCCAUCUGAGAGUAAUAAGGAUGGAAGAGGACGCCAGUCCUUUGGUGGAGUGUGGUGUGGUGUGGUGGACCCUCAUGGAAGCUUAGAUUGAACCUUAACCUGUCACUGUCAUGCCCGUGUGACCUGAGCCUACUCCUCCCUGUGUGUGUAGAGACCAUGCAUUCUCCCAGGGUGGUCAUGUCCAUCGAAUGUGCCUGCUGUGUGGCCUCAGCACCCAGGGGCCCUCAGGUGGAUGGUGGAAAACAAAGGGCGCCAGGGAAAGGAGGCGCCCGUUACUGCCUGAUGCCUAUGCAGUGCAGAGCCCAUAGCUGUACACACUGCUGGACCAGACUUGGCAGCAUUAGCCUCUUGAGCCCAUCAUUCUAAACUACUAACAGAAAAGCUCUGUCUGAAGGAACUGUCUGCUAGGAUGCUGAGGACUGCAUCCCACAGUUCAGCUUGUGCAGUGAUUAGCAGCAGGCAGAAGGGCGCCUCUGAGGAGCAAAGCUGAGGCACAGAGGAGCAUUUCCAAGGCCAUGGAGCCAGUUGGCAGAACUGAAAAGGAACCCUUUAUUUCUUGAUUUUUCUGGUCACCCAGGCUUAGGGGCCAUUCUAUAUAUAUACAAAAAUUAAUUAGGAAAGUGGACCUGACAGAGGCAACUAGGCAGGUAGUGGGUACAUGGUGCUGUGGAGCAACUGGGUUUCCAGUUCCUUCCAUGGGUGGUUCUGUUUGAACUGUGCCU